AUGGUUUUUAUCCUCAUCAUAUAUGUAAAACUACGUACAUAAAAAUGAAUGAGUAAGCAUUUGAUUUUUCCCCUCUUAAUGCAAAUAAGAUCGCCAAAUUAUUUUGCAGUCCAGUGACUGCAGGCAUAUAGGCUGCGUACGCCCCUGACUGCUCAUGAUUUUACGAUGACAUUUGUAUUGAAUUCUAAAGAGGAUAUUAGGUAAGCCAUAUAAUUUAGGGCGGAAACCAGUCGGCUAAACAGCCGCUGCGGAAACACGGGACCUCCAAGUUCUUUCCGCGUCUAAAAUCUCAUACUAAAAAUAUAGACUCACAGACAAGGCCGUACAAGUGAUUGCAAGCGAAACAGCAACCAUUUUUUGGUUUGUGAACACCGUGUUGGAAGGUACUCGCCGAUCCGCUUCCGGCCGCCGAUGUAGGCUCUGAUUACAAGGUCCAUAUAUCAUCCCAUUUUGCCACAGACUCGUUAUGACCGAGCUUCACGAGGCCGCAGCGAAGGGCGAUGUUGACGCGCUCGAGGCAAUCUUGCUUGCCGGGAGCAUAGACCCCGAUAGCGAGGACUGGGAUUACGGCAGGCGAACGGCUCUACACGUAGCAGCCGCUGCAGGUAGAACAAAAUGCGUAAAGAAACUCCUCGAACACUGCGCAGAUGGCGAGAUGCGCAUGAGCGGAGGAUGGACGCCAGCGCAUUGUGCCGCUGAGCGAGGAAGUAUCAACGUACUGCGGGCGCUUGCGGAUGGCGGGGUAUCGUUGACAGAGGAGGAUAACUUUGGAGACACGCCGAAAAGAGUGGCAGAAAUAAAUGGUCAAAAGAAAGCAAUGGAAUUUCUGGACAGUUUAGAGAAUGGCACACAAGAGAAAUCAACAAAUCACACCAGACAAAAGGAUAUAAAAGAGCCAAAUAAGGACCCUCAAGAGACAAUGUCUGAUGCAGAAGAUAAUUAUGAAGAUAAUGUACUGGACGCUUUACAACAGCCAAAGGUUACAUUUGACUUGACAUGAUCUCACAGGCAUACUUAGCAUAAAAUCAUGGUCAUAGCAGGGGUGGAACACUGGGGGAACAUGCCACCCUCCCCAAUAUUUUCAGUAAUUAUAAGGAAAUUACCCGUAGGGGAGUAGCUGUGCCCCGCAAUAUUUUUUCAAUGUCUUUGUAUUGUUUUUCCCCCUAACAAUAUUUCUCUACAACUUUUUUUCACAAAAACUCUGUGCUGACUUUAUGUGACCAAUGAGAUGUACCAUUAAUGCACAUUUCAGUGGAAAAAUAAAUCUGCUGGAAUUUUGGAAUCUGAAAUUCAAUCCAGCUAACAAUGAAAAACACUUAAUUUCAUUGUUCAAGCUUAAAAUAAUACAUAGAGAUCAUCAUGGAUUAUUUCAAAAAUGGUAUUGCAAGAUUUUAAAGAAAAAAAAAACAAUGUUAUUCAAACCAGAUCCAGAGUCUUUAAAAUAAAAAAAAGGUCCUUUAUCUGGAAGACGGAUCCAUUUUCAAUGGAUGAUAGUAUCUAUGGCUCACAUAUAGCAGCUGAUUUAAGAAACAACUGUUUUUUUUUUAAAGCAGAUUCACUUCAGCAAAAGUACAUGUGAAAAAACGUAAGCAAGAAGUUGGUAUAAACAAAAUAUUUAUUUACAUUUUCAAGAGAUAAACAACAACAGUAAAUCAUAUGAUUGACAUUGGAUAAAUUUGUUUUGCUGUUGUUUAAAUUUGUGUAUGCUUAAGUUCAUAUGAGAUGGUGACUGUUGAUGUGCUAGUUCCUUUAUCAUUAUUUUAUUAACUAUAAAUUAUAUCUACUCUGUUUCUGUUGUAGGUCUCUUGACUAUGAAUAUUCUUUGGUUAGUUACGGUUGCCAUUAGAACAAAGUUGCCAAAAUGUACUGUAGAAUAAAAGAAAAAGAUAUUAA